UUGUUGCUAAUUAUUUAGAAAUUAGAUUAUUUUAUGUUGAAAAUUUAGAUUUGUAAAUUUUUUGGGUUAACUGUUGAUCAGAGUCAAGGUGACCCUUAAUUUGAAGGGUGAUCCGGUUUCCAUUGGAAACGAUUACAGUUCAUCUCAUAUGUUGUUGAUUUUUUUCAUUUUGUAUUUUACUUUGUGAUUAAGUUUUACAAUUAACUGAUUUUUUGUCCUUCUUUUUAUUGUUAAUUGAUUUUGGGUGAUUUUAUUUUUACCUUUGUCUAUUGAUUAACUAUGCUGUCUUCCAAAUUAGCUAAGGUUUUAGUUCAACCAUUAUUGAAAACAACUUUAGCUCCAUUGAACAUAUCAGCUAAAUGUCUUCAUCAAAUAAGUUUAAAUAAUAUCGCCAGGAAAAACAUGGAUACUCAAGGAGUCGUCCCUGAUGUCAUUGAUACCAUACCAAUAAACACCAUUGAGGUUAAAUAUCCAAGUGGUGCUGAAGUUAAAUUUGGAAAUGAAUUAACUCCAACCUUAGUUAAAGAUGUACCUACUCUUGUUAAUUGGCCAUCAGAAGAAGGAGCCCUUUACACUCUUUGUAUGACCGAUCCUGAUGCUCCAAGCCGACAGAAUCCUAAAUACCGUGAAUGGCAUCACUGGCUGGUUGUUAACAUCCCCAACAAUGAGGUUGGCAAAGGAAAAAUAAUCUCCGAAUAUGUCGGAAGUGGACCACCUAAAGGAACUGGACUUCAUCGUUAUGUUUUCCUUGUAUACAAACAACCAGGACAAUUAAAUCCCGAUGAGAAAAUCCGAAGCAAUCGAUGUGGUGAGGGUAGAGAAAAUUUCAAGAUUCGUGAUUUCGCCAAAAAGUAUAAACUGGGCACUCCCAUCGCUGGUAAUUUCUAUGUCGCUCAAUGGGAUGAUUACGUUCCAAAAUUAUACCAACAACUCAGCGGUGACUAAAUUAUCUGGAUUAUUGCAACAUUUAUUAUGCAUCUUUGAUCAUCAAGCAAAUUACCUUCUCUCUCCGACCCACCUUAAGCCAUUUUUACAGCUCAUUUCCUCGCUGACCCUUGUGUCAUGUUGAGCUUUUUGUUUUCUUUUUCAUCGAUAAGUAAAUCCCAAACUAGAUUAAUCUAAUAUUUUCCUCAUGUGAGCUAGAAUACAAAUCCUAAUCCCAUAGAAAUCAGAUUACCAUAAAAUGUUGAGUUUUCCUAAUUUCCGUUUUCCAUGAACCUUGAAUGUAAAUUUUGAUUGCAUUUGUUACACUUGAACCUCACAAACAGAUUCAGUCUAAGAUUUUGUUUUUCUCCCCAUCACUGUUAUCAACAAAUAAUAACAAUUAUGUCGGAGAAAAAGUUAAUUAGCUCAAAUAAAUUACAAUUUAAAUUCGGUUAAACAAAAAAUCGUAUCUUCUUAUAUUCACAGACACAUGACAUACAUGUAUAAAAGUCAAGAAGAGAAUCGAAAUCAAUAACAAAUUCGUUCAGAAAGUAGAAAAUUUAUUGUUAAGAAUCAUGAGAGUUUAAAAGAGAUUAAGAUUCAUUAAUUGUUGAGAUUUAAAAAGUUCCACAAUCAAUUUUUCUGUUGUGAAUUUUUUGUUCCAAAAAAAAGUCCAACACACAAAAAGAUAGAGAGAUUAUUAUUAUCGGUUGGAACAUGAGAGUAUUUGGAUUGGACUGAAUUCUCUCUGAUUUUCUUUUCUCUUCUUGAUGAUCAUGAUGCUGGAACACUUUCCAAGGUUGUUUUCUCUUCCAAACAAACAGAUUCACCAAUUCCACAAGGUCCAAUUUCUUGACCAUCGACAACCUGAUGACCAUUAGCCGAACCAUUGAUCAAAGGUUUUCCAGUCUCCUCAGCGGCGAUGAUUUGGUCAACAGCAUCGGCGAUGAUUGUUUUUACUGUCUCACUGAUAACCAAAGAUUGAUCCAUGAUUGAUUGAUGACAAUUAACUAAUUAACUAUGGACACAAUUAACAAACAAAUUGGAAGGACACAGAAAAAUAAGACAAACAAGAAGAAUUGACAAAAAGGAAAACUGAAAGAGAGUCGAUAAGCCAAAGUGACGCAAACGUGAAUGAAUAAAGAAAUGGAUUAAAAAAGGAUUAACCCAACAAGAUGAUAAUCUAUAUGAUGACGACAAUGAUGAUGAUGAUGAUGAAGAUGAAAAUCUAAACAACAAAGAAGAAAACGCUGAAGAAUAACUUAUACCCACGACCGGCGAGAAAAGGAAAAAAAGUCAAUGCUCUUACCUUUUCUUUUCUCUUUUCUCUUUUUUUCUUCUCUCUUUUUUCUCUGUCUGUCUCUUUCUUUAUGGUUUUUUCUUUCAUCUUCUUCUCUUCCUUUUUCUCUUCAUCUUCAUCAUCUUUUCCAUCAGCAAUUUGUUCCCCUUAUUGCAUCCAUCUUCUUCUUUCUCUUCUUCUCCAUCUUCUCUCAUCAUCUUCUUGUAAAUGGUUGUAAACAUUUCUCUCAUUCUGUCUACCAUUUUCUCCCUUUCAAAUUGUCACCUUUCUUUCUGAUUUCUCAUCAUCAUCAUCAUUUAGAUUCAUCUUCCAAUCACAACAAUCAAUUUCUAAUCAAUUUCAAUGGUCAACCAAUCAAACGACCUGAAAUCAUUUGCCAGCGUCUUAAUUGUCCAAUCCAACUAUUCAAAUUUGUUUUCACAUAACCAUGAAUCCUGUUUGUAACCAGUUAUCUACAAUUAGUAUUAAUCACAUUGAUUAAUCAUCAUCAUCAUCACCAGUAAACUGUUGAUUAUCAUGAUGAUCAUGUUGUUAUUCAUCAGAACAAUUUAAAUUGUCCUUCAACAUUUAAUUCAUGGUAAACAACAAGGAAUCAACUAGGAAUUGAGAAAAACAAUUUCGGGAAAAAUUAUUCUCAACAAUUAAUGAUUCAACUGAUUGCGAGUAGAAGCAAAUGAUUUACCAACAACUGAUUAAGUAAUUAACAAAUAUGAUUACCAAUCAAAUUUUGAUCAUUCAGUAAAUCUAUUCUGUAAACAUAAUUAACUUACGUAAUUAUAAUUUAAACUAAUCAACUGAUUAGAUUUUGGAUUUUGAUUCAAUCAACUUUUUUUUACUUCGUUUCCAUGUAAACAUAUUUGAACACCUUGAUUGUAAUCAGAGAGAGAAAGAGACAGAGAUUUAAAUUAUUAUUAUUAUUUCCAAUGGCAAUUAAUUAUUAUUAAAUUAAUAUUGAAAUCAGAAUCAAAUGACAACAGCAAUUGAGAUAUAAAUUGUUAAUCGUUGAUCAAAUAUCGGCUAUUUAAUAAUUGUCUCUGUUUAAAGAAACAUUGAAAUUGUUAAUUUAUCGUUUUCGUUUCAUGAGUUAAUUGUGAUCUUUUUUUUAAUCAAUUCAAUCAAAAUGAAAACGAUUCCAGUUUUAAUCAUAAUUGUCGUCAUUCUAAUUGUUAAUGGUAAUUGUCUCAAAUCAAAUUCCAUCACCUCUAAUAGUAAAUCGUGUUCGUCAAAUUCACAAAAUGGACAAUCAAUUAAAGUUUGUACGGAAAUUAAAAGAUUAAAUGGAGAAAUUGUUCUUAAUCAAAUUUGUACAACAAUUAACAAUCAAUCAACAAACUGUCGAAAUGUAACUGAUUAUGAAUAAUAAUUACAAUUAACGAGUUUCAAUCAAUUGUGUUGUUUUCUAAUCCAAUUCUAAAUCAAAGGUUACAAUUAAAUAAAUUGUUGUUUUAUCUUCAGUAA